CCAACAGCGAGCGCUGGUGCCUCAUGGUGGACCCCCAGGGGGCGCAGGGGGUGGUGUGGGUGAAGCAGAAGGAGGCCGACCGCGGGCUGGCCGUCACCCGCAUGGGGCACUCCAAGAUGGUUCACACGUUCGAGGCUGCCAUCCAAGGCGGACACAGCGUCCUCAUCGAGAACAUGGGCGAGCAGGUCGACGCCGUGCUGCAGCCCGUCAUCGCGCGCAACUACAUCAAGCGCGGCGGUCGUCUGCUGCUGAAGAUCGGGGACAAGGAGGUAGUCUCCAGCCCGGAGUUCCGUCUCUUCAUGCAGACGAAGUUGUCGAAUCCGCACUACCAGCCGGAGGUCCAGGCCGAGUGCACGGUCAUCAAUUUCACCGUUACCGAGACUGGACUUGAGGAGCAGCUGCUCUUCUUGGUUGUGAAGCUGGAGCGUCCAGACCUCGCCCGGCAAAAGUCGGACGUGAUCCAGCAGCAGAACGAGUUCAAGGUCCGGUUGGCCGAGCUUGAGGCCCAUCUUCUGGAGAAGCUCUCCAGCGCCGAGGGCGACAUCCUCGAGGAGACGUUGAGCUCAUUCAGAGCCUCGAAGACGCCAAGGCCACUUCCGACGAGGUGAAGGAGAAGGUCGCGUUCGCCCAGGACGAUCAACGUAACUUCGGAGAGCUACCGCGACGCGGCUGCCCGCGGUGCGUUGCUGUUCUUCCUGAUGAUGGACCUUGGGAAGAUGCACUCUUUCUACAAGGAUAUUCCCUCGACGCCUUCGUGAUGGUUGUGAGCCGCGCGGUGCACAGCGUGAAGAUCAAGAAGCCAGAUGUGCCCCCGCCGAAGACCGUGCAGUUGGAAGAUCUGGACCCUGACCUGAAGGCGUCCAACGAGGAGGAGCUCGAGCUGAACCGCAACUCUCACCCUCGACGCUCUUUCCCCGCGGUGUAGGCCGCCUCCACGAGGGGCCGCUCGUGUCCCUGAUUCGUGCCCGUCGCCUCUGCGUUCAGAGUCGGUCGCGAGGGCUGGUCCCGAGUCAUGUGCGAGA